CGCAUCCAUUCAUAGGCGUAGCCUAUUGUUCUCCUUAGAUAAUCCUCCACUGCUUUUGUUGUUGCCACACUCGAACAGCGCAUCGUGGUUCAGAACGCCUAAAGCCCUGUUGGCAACCCGCUCAGGCAUGGCCUUUCUGCUAUAACCACGUUGCGCCGGUCUUCGCGCUCCAGCCGGACCCUGGACUCGCACCUGCCGCACCUGCCGCACCUGCCGCAACUGCCGCAACUGCCGCAUCUGCGCCUUCACUUCGUACUUGCACCUCCCGACCAACGAGCUCAAGACUUCCAGCCCCUCCUAAUGACCCCCGCGCCCGUUAACCGCAUCGUCGUGUUGGUGGCAUGCUUGGGAGUAACAGCCAGAGUGUUAAAUCAUGGAUCGCGAUAGCCAAGAGGGAGGCGGCCUUGACCCGGUUGCUCUAGCUGCACAGCGCAACAGCCGUUUCACCUCGCCACUAGUUGUCAACAGCGCAUCUCAGAGAAAGCCCCUAUUCUCGCGACCGCCGCCAGUCCAGAAUAAUAUGCCCAGCGAUACUCAGGACUUGCUUCACUUUCUACCUGUCACUUCCAAUACCGCCCCUGACCUCAAGCAGUCCUCGCCGCAGGUUACGAGAAUCCCCCGCCCCCCGCAAACACGUCCACCCCCACCCCCACCCCGGCGCCCGUUUACCCUCUCGGAUGCAUAUAGAAUGGCGGAAGAAGAGGAAGCCACCCAAGGAUCGCCCAGCCCGGCGCCUAGAUCAUGGCGUUCCCGGCGCGAAUCGGUCGAGCUCCCAAGAGCAUUGGACCAAUCAGCAUCCGAUUCCCAGCAUCCGAGACGACGGGCUGGGGACUCGGUGGAAGCCGGGCCUGGAGACACCACAGGUUCGGCGAACGGCCAUGGCUCACGAUUACGGCGAGGCGAUGUUUCAGAGAACGGCUUUGACGAAAAACUUCGCCAGCACGCAUUGAGCCGGACAAGCUCAGAGGAACCAGUCCAACGCGGGAAUACCAGCUCGAAGACAGAGGCCAGGAUAGUCGAGACAGGCAAGGAAUCUGUGCCGAAGUCGGGCCGUGGUGCUAUUGGCACCAACAACAAACUUCCUUUGACCUCGAAGGCCGCGGCCAAAAGUGGCUGGCUUUCCCGUCGGGUAUCGGACCAGAAAGAACACGGGUCAAACGAGAAACUCCCGUCCCAUGAACAAGCAGAAAUAACCAAGGGUGCAGUUAGUGAACCUCUCUUGUUGAGCACUGGCCCCGUUUUGCUACCUAAUUCCAACCCCAACUCGCCUGGUUUCCGAUCUCCAGAAAAGAGCUUUGCCUGGCAGGCAGAAGCAGACUUCACUGCUAGCGAUCUCCAGGUCUCCAAUAGCCCACCCGUAGUUGCUGGGCGUAGCAACACCAGGAUUGACGAAAUAAGGGUCUUGGAGGCUGAAGCCAACGGUGAACUUUCCGAAGACGCCGAUCCCCGGGCACGAAACACUCGGAUUGACGAGAUUCGCGCUCUAGAGGUUGAGGCAGCUUCGAAAUUCCCAGACGAACCGUUGGGAACGGACGAGGAUAGGGAUGGCAUUCGAGCGAAGAAUGGUGGCGAUAGCGAGGAUAAGCUUCUCCGCACUCGACAUGUCGGGCGCGCAAAUGCAAAGAUUGACGAUAUCAGAGCUCGGGAGAUUGAGAGUUUAACUAAGAGAGCUCUCGCUACCGCUAGGCUUGACGAGAUCCGUGAACGAAAUACGGACUCCACGUCACGAUCAUCUUCGCCAGAUAUUGUACGAAAAUCAAGCAAGGAGCCGCUCCGUAGUUUCUCCCCAGCAAGUGGCAGGGGGAGACCAGGGCCUGGUGGAGAACAUGUCGCAAAAGAGAUCGGCCAUGAUGUUGGGGAAGCUGUAAAGGCUGUCACUGGCGACGAUGGAGGUCGCCCAGUCCUUAACGUUGAGGCGGGGAAACAUCAGGAGAGUAGCGACGGUUCAAAUCCAACCAGGGGCAGCUCCCACUCAAGGGAUGACUCGCGUGACAUCCUACGCCGCCUGGCGCUCGCGACCAGCACCAGUCCAGCUCCUGAGUUGCGAAUACCCAAACUGGACACUAACUUCAUGGCGCGUGAUCGAGAGGGACUGGUAAUCACCAAACAGAAGAAAGCCGACUGCGCUAAGGGCGACGUUAAGCCUACUGUUGGCUUUGCCGGUUUCAAAAGAGACUCAUCCGUUGAUUCGAGUUCGGACAAGCGGUCAAACUUUGCGCAUUCAGACUCCGACCCUACUGAGCGGAUUGAAGGGGAGAUGAAACUCUUUGCGCCACUAGAGAACCAUUCAGAACGAGGCUCAUUACGUGCUCCAUCUCCAGCACCGGAACAAGAAGAAACUACAGACGACACACCCAGGCCAAUCAAGCCCGAUCCCUUAACACAGCCAACCCCCCGUGUCACUGGCGCAUUUAUUGAGACACCGACGUCGAUCAAGAUUGAAAGGUUUGAAGAGAGCCCCGCAGCCGGAUCCUCUAAUACUGGGGCGAGCAGUUCUAGAGUCGAUCGAGAGGGUGCCGGACAGAGUGCUUCUACUGGUGAUGGCGGCUUAGAUGUCCAACUCCGAGGUCGAAGAGUCAAUGUCUCACCCCGACAACCAAAACACGCGUUUUCUGCCACGGAUGAUAGGAUGCUCGGCCGCCAAUCAUCGGCACUUAACGUUCAUCGCCGCGCCAAGUCGGUGCCGCGAACGCGUUCUACUCUCGUCAACUCAGCCAGACCACCAACGGUCAAGGAAGACUUGCUUGAGAUACAAAAAGCCAACCAGUUUGAGGACUCCACCUUAGACGACAUUGCUAAUCUCACAGAGUUCCUUGACCAGCGGCCAAUCAAACUUGAGGCCCUAGAAUCAAGGAGGUCCAGAUAUGAUAGUGCCGCCCGGGAGUUCUUAGGCAUGGAGAAGGAGCUUGCAGCGUACGACAGGAUGAACAAGACGCUGAAGACCGGCAUUCUAGGCAUCAGGACAGCAAAGAAGGGGAUCGAGCGGCUUGAGGACAAGGUUUCACACGCUGACACCAAAGACAUUGUCCAUGGCGCUCACGGCAACAGCAGCAUCAUGUGUUCUGUUUGCCAUGGCCACCUGGCAACUGAGGUUUCGGGUUCUUACAUACGCCUGCCCCUUCCUCGCCUGUGGUCACGAGACCCAAGAUUCCGAUUCACGUUGCCUGGUCUACUUGUCUUUCUGCUGUCGCUGUGGUAUAUUGCCGAAUCCUCAGUGUGCUUUUUGUACUGCAAGCCCCUGUACUGCUACCCAGGCAAGCCUUGCGACUGGUCUCCGGAUGAUCCUCUCUGGGGCUAUUCGAUUCCCGUGAAGCUGGAUCAGUGGGUCACCGGUGGACGGGCCAGAGAAUUUGCCAACCGAGUGGGUCCCGACGUGGCUGAUUGGCUCGCUGACUUAUGGGAUGUUGCUAUCGGUGCCGAUAUAACCCAGGUCGAUACAUCGUACUACACGUGGGAUCAGAAACGCCAGCAUCGGAGACGGCUGUUAAAGAAGGGCCUUGUCAGGCCAUUUGCUGAGCGACCGGAGGACAAGGCCAAGUUCGGAGCCUGGAGAGCCGCACGGCUCCUUAUGGAGAGAGUUGAUUCGGCGAGGGAAAUGGGCUAUAGAGUGGAGGAAGAUGAAAGUAUAGCUGGAGAUGAGCGGGUUCUCGGGUCAUGAUAACCCGCGUGUAUGAAUAAGGGCGGGCAAAUCUCUGUAUCUGUUAUCGAGAGUACCUGACGAAUCGGGUUUUAUAGGCAUUGGGAUCAUGGGUGUUGUUAGUAGGGCGUUUUUGGUCUUGGUUAUCACCAUACUUCGUCGGCCGGCGAGUCUCGACCACUAUAGUACCAUAGCAUCUAACAAGGGUGUCAAGGUCUACUUUUGAUGCCAAAUGGAGUUCGGUUGUAGGUGAU